AUGCAAUCUAUGGUUAAUAAUAUACCGCAAAUAGAUUUAACUUUAGAAAGUUCAGAUUCUGAUACAGCUACUGAAAAUGAAGAAAUUUUUUAUUCUUUUAGUAAUUCUGAUACUGCAGACCCAAAGGGAUUCAGUAACAAUACAACUGAACAAGUGCAAAUAGAUAACGACAGUCAACCAAAAAAUAAUGAUAGUUUCUCUGAUGAUGCAGAAAUAAGUUUUACAUCUAACACAGAUAAAGAAAAAUUAGACAAUUUAAGGCUGUUACAAAGAGUCACCACUUUAAAACAGAAAAAUGAUACUGAUGGACAGACAACAUCUUUAGUACAGUUGUUGAAGAGUACUCUACAAGAUGUACAAGAUGAUAGUCUCGACAAAACUAGUGAUAACAUCGAGGAUUUCAAUAAAAACCAAAACUCUAGUCCUACCAAAAUUCAUAAAACAGAUAUGUCUUUAAUAGAAGAUUUCUAUUAUUACAGUUCCAGUGAUGAAAAAGUUAACAGAAACAUUAAUAAUAAUAUUCAAAUUAAAAAACAUAUACGAAGAAAUAAAGAUAAAGAUAAGGAUAAAGAUAAAAAGUCCAUUGAAGUUCCAUCACAUACAAAGAAUCAAUUACAAAACACUCAACUUGACAAUUCAUUUAAUGAUCACCAAUUAGAUUCAAACAGUACCCAUCCCCAACAAUAUGAACAGUCAUCUGAAUCUUCAAGUAAAAAAAAUUAUAGUGAUCAAGGAAUUGUAAAAACUGAAAACAUGCAUGUGGAUUCAAAAUUUGAUACAGUUAAUAGUAAUUUUGACAUGGAAAAGAUGCAAAAGAAAAACUUGAAUAACAAUAAAAAUGUGCAAGAUGAUAAUAACUCAAAUUCAUUAGAAAAUAAUUCUGUAUUAAAGGAAAGCGAAUCGUUUCAACAUACUAAUGCUAAAUCUGAAAGCUUGUUGGCAAUAAAAGAAAAUCCAUCAAUAAAGAAAGCUAUCAGGUCACUAGAGUUACAGGAAAAUACAAUCACCCAAAAUUCUACAAAGGAAGGUCAUGAGAUAAAUGGAUAUAAGAAAUUUAAUAAAUCAUCAAAUAUUCAAGUAAAAAUAGAUGACCAUAAAACACCCAAACUUUCUACUACUUUAAAAGUACCGUUAAAACUUGACAGUAUAGAAACUCUAAUAUUAGAUAGUGAUUCUGAUAAUGAUACUAUAAUAAAAAAUAAUGAAAUGUCAUCCCCGGUAUUAUCAAAGGAAAAGGAUAGUUCAACGAAGAUUGUCAGUUCAAGUAAAAAAAGAACACAUGAUGAAAUAGAAGAAUCAGGAGGGACUGUAAUUAAUAAUGGAGAUAAAAAAAAUGAUAUGCAUAUUUUGAAGAAGCAACAUUUACCAGAUGAAAAUAAUAUUAAAAAUAAUAGAUCAGAUGAUGCGAUCAUCGUAUUAUCCGAUGAGGAUGAUGAUAUUUCAACUGAAAACCCAAAGAAAAUAUUAAUAACAGCUGAAGAAAUGAAAAGAAUACAUGAUGAAAAGAUAGCCAAACUUGUUUCUGAAGCUCGUGAAAAUUUUGAAAAAUGCGAGAAAGAAUAUAUCAAUAAAGAAACAGAAUUGAGAAAAAGCUUUAACCUUCAGAAAUCCACCAAGGAAAUCCUGCUGCGAAAAGCCAAAAGAAAAGAAUUUGAUUACAAAACUGCAGCGCAAAAAUAUAGAUUAUUGCGUGAAUCAAUUAACUCUAAUAGCAAAUUUGUUACAGGAUCAAAACAAAUGCUGUUAGAGGAAGCUAAGAAGACGACGGAACGUUUAAAUCAAGCCCGAAUUGAGGCUAAGAAGAAGGUUGAUGCUCUAAGUAAUAAAAUUUCAGAGGUAGAAAAUAAAUUAAUAACUUUACUAGCGGAAAAAAAUGAGGUUCUAACAAAAACUAAAAAUGAACUAGCCUUACAUAGCAGAGAUAUAGCAACCAAAGAUCUUAUAGAUAAAAGAAAAAAACUAAUAGAACAACAGAAAUCACUACAGAAAAUGUUUGAAGAAGGCAAAGUAACACAACAGUCAUAUUCCAAGCUAAAUAAAGAAAUCCUAGAUGCCUUAAAUUCAUUAACAAACACUGAUCAAAAAGUUAAAACACAGACGGUAGAGGCUCCUCUUGCUCUUGGUAUGCAGAAUCUUUCUAGUUCUUUAGUCUCUCAACCAACAAUCCAAACGAGAGGAUAUUUAUAUCAUAAGUCGUUAGAGAAGGCUCUGGAAUUACUGCAACAGAGUUCUACUCGUAGUGCUGUUACAAAAAAUUUGUUGAGCUCUCACAUUCGUAUUUUGAAAAAUUUCUACGAUGAAUUCAUGUCUGCAUAUCCAAUGACGGUCAAAAAGUUGUUUUCUGUUAGAGAAUCAACUGAAUUACUUUUUACUAAUGGUGUAAAAAUGCCUAUAGUUUUUGAAAUUCUAGAAGAUUUUGGAAUUGAAUUUAAAAACAAUAAUAUCUUACCUAUUAGUAGAAGAAAAGAAUACAUUAAAAGUAUUGAUAUAGCUAAGCAACUGGUAGUAACAUCAAAUCGAGAUGCCGCUAACAAAAGUAGAUUGAUUGAAUUGUUAAAUAAAUUGCUUAGUUUAAGAGGACAAGUAGACUUAGGCAAACCACCAACAUAUUCAGUUAUUUACGAUAUUGGUGCCUCUGUUGUAGAAUUGAUCCAGCAGGGACUUAAAAUGCAAAAAGUGUUUGAUGUACUAAAGUCUUACGAAACACCAAUGACAACAUUAGAGUUAGCUACGUAUUAUCAAAAACAUAUUAAUAAUUUGGCAGUUCCUGCACAAAUAGCUCCAGAUACAGGCAUUAGGUAUACUCAAUGGUCAUUAAAUGGUAGUGUUAAUUCGAGAGAAAGUCCUUCAAUACAAUCACCAUUUGUAAAUUCCGAUACUGAAAGUAUUCAACAAUUUCACAUAGGGAAUAUUCAUGAUGUAAACGAACAAAACCAAAUUCGUGAGUUAUUGAGCAGUCUAAAAGAAACUGAGAGUACUAUUGAGGGGGAGGAGUUAACACCUGAUGAAAUGACUGUUAACUUAUUAAAGCACCAAAGAAUAGGGCUGAAGUGGUUAAUUGAUGUUGAAAAUUCUAGUAAAAAAGGAGGGAUUUUGGCUGAUGAUAUGGGGUUAGGUAAAACUGUACAAGCAAUAGCUUUAAUGUUGGCUAAUAGAUCAAAUGACAAAAAGAGAAAGACUACUUUAGUCGUAGCUCCAGUUUCUGUAUUACAUGUGUGGCAAGGAGAAAUCAAAACAAAAAUCAAACAAAGCGCCAAGUUUUCUACUACCAUCUUUGGGUCUUCUAAUGGAAAGGUGGGUCAUUGGAAACAAUUAGCUCAUUAUGACGUAGUAUUAAUAUCCUACCAGACUUUAGCCAACGAAUUAAAAAGACAUUGGCCUGCCAAAUUAGAAACUGAUAGAUCUCAUUUACCUGCUAUUCCUGAUUUGGUAGCCUUGAAUUCUUUGAAAAGACCUGGUGAGUAUGUAUCACCAUUUUUCACUAAUCAUUCAAAAUUCCAUCGUGUGAUUUUAGAUGAAGGUCAGAAUAUUAAAAACAAAGAUACACAGGCUGCUAGAGCCUGUUGUACACUGAGAAGUAAGUAUAGAUGGGUCUUAUCUGGUACACCAAUUCAAAAUAAUAUGAAUGAAUUAUAUUCAUUAAUUAGAUUCCUAAGAAUAUCCCCAUAUAAUAAAGAGCAAAGAUUUAAGAUGGAUAUUGGUAAUGCUUUUUCAAAAAAGAAUGAUAAAUAUAAUGUUCAUGAUAAAGAAAGAGCUAUUAAAAAAGUUCAAAUUUUACUGAGAGCUAUCAUGUUGCGUAGAGUAAAAACAGAUACCAUUGAUGGAAAAUCCAUAUUGGAACUACCUCCUAAAACAAUGGAGGUAUUAGAAGCUUCUUUAGUUGGUAAUGAAUUAGAAUUUUAUUCUGAAUUAGAAAAUAAAAAUAAAAAAUUGGCUAGCAGAUUAAUGAAGAGUAAGGUUAGAGGUAACUAUUCCAGUAUAUUAACUUUGCUGUUGAGAUUAAGACAAGCAUGUUGCCAUUCGGAGUUAGUGAUUAUCGGUGAAAAACGGAGCCAGAAUACAAAGAUAAUUAAUGGUAAAAAAUUUGAAAAUUGGGUAGCUUUAUAUAAAAGAAUUGAAAUAAUGAAUCAAAAGCAGAGGGAUCUAGUGAAUUCUUCACUUAAUAUGAUGACAUGUUCAUAUUGCAAUGAAGAACUAGAACUUCAAAACACAUGUGUAUUAACUGGUUGUGGUCAUUUAAUCUGCCAAGACUGUUUUGAACCUAUGGUAGAAGAAAUGUCUAAUAGACCGAAUGCACGGGUGGGACAACUUGGUGAAUAUUAUAUUCCCUGUAAAGAUUGCAAUGAAAUAACGUGUGAACGAGAAAUUGUUAGUUAUAAAUUGUAUGAUCAAGUUGUCAAUCAAAACUUUACGUUAAAAGAUUUAGAAAAUGAAUACUAUUGCGAGAGAGCUAAACAAAAACAAGCAUUAGCAUUAGGCAAUUACAAACCAGACUUCCCUAAAUUAGAAGCAUCAACAAAGAUUAGGCAAUGUCUUGACAUCAUAACUCAAGUGAUAAAAAAUUCAGAUAAUGAAAAAAUAUUAAUAUUCUCACAAUUUACUACAUUUUUUGAAAUAUUAGAGCAUUUCAUCGACGAAGAAUUUAUUAAAAGUGGUAAAUACAAUGAGAUUGAGUAUCUGAAAUAUAUCGGUAUGAUGAAUGCCAAUCAAAGAUCUGAUGUAAUUAAUGAAUUUUAUAAUAAUAAGAAGAAAAGAAUCUUAUUGAUUUCAAUGAAAGCGGGCAAUUCAGGGUUAACAUUAACUUGUGCAAAUCAUGUCAUCAUUGUUGAUCCAUUUUGGAAUCCAUUUGUGGAAGAACAAGCGCAGGACCGUUGUUAUAGAAUCAGUCAAACAAGAGAGGUCAAAGUUUAUAAAUUGUUCAUUAAGAAUUCUGUUGAAGAUAGAAUAUUUGAGUUACAAAAAAGAAAAAAGGAGAUGGUUGAUAUGGCUAUGGAUUCAGGUAAAAUCAAAGAAAUUAAUAAAUUAGGAACACGUGAAAUCGGGUUCUUAUUUGGACUAAACGAUCUAUAA